CGCACGCGCUCGCACCAUGUCUUUCGGUAAUUUGGACGAGGCGAAGGACGCGGCCACCGCCGCCGCGACCGGGUUCCUCGGCGACAUCAAGCAGAAGAUGUCCAAGUUCGUCACGCUCGCGCCCGGCAACCCCGAGGUGACGCUCCAGCUCCGCAAGAAGCUCGACGUCGAGAUCCCGUUCGCGCCGGACCUCCGCUUCAGCGUCGGCACGGACCUCACGCUGUGCAACCAAGACGCGGGGAACUUUGGAAAGGUGGCGUACGUGCCCAACUUUCAGGCGCGUUCUGUUAUCACACCGGUCCCCAUACGACCGCGUUCGCGUUGUGAACGCCGUUCCUCAAGGACUUCACUUCCCGGCGGUCGCCUCUCUCCGCCCACACCACGGUCGGUUUCGAUCCCGACACACAUCGACGCCUCACAACUCCGCUUCUGACGCCUUUCAACUCCGCCCCGACGUUCGUCGCUUCGCGUGGACCCUCGACCCUCAGUGGGACGUCACGGAGACGUGGUUCAACGGGCAGAUCCGACUCAACACGGUGCGGCGCGCGCGCGCAUAGGGUUUAUGCGUUUAGGGCGUACGCGGCUCGCGCCGCGCGCGGGAUGGGAUCCAUCCCCUCCGGCGUCGUUCGUUUCUUCGUCCUUCGCUCUCGACGAUUCAUUCGAUCGACGUGAUUCGUUCUAUCUCGCACUGGUUCCCAUACGACCGCGUCGGCGUGGUGAACGCCGAUCCUUAAGGACUUUUGCCGUCGUGUCUCUCCGCCCAGGGUCCCUCGCUUUCAACGCCCGACCUCGGCGCCUUUCAACUCCGCUCUGACGACGCGUCCGAUCCGACAGGGCAAGAAGGAACUCUACUACACGAAGGACUUCGACCUCGACGCGGUCAUCCUGAAAGUCUCCGGGACGUACGACUACGCGAACAACGCGCCGUACUUUGG